ACCCUCACACACGCACAAAAGAGAGAAAAAAAAAAACUCCACUUCCGUCCUCCCGCGCCGCAAUCGUCCCCAUGGCGGCUCCGAUGCCGUCUUCCACGCCGCCGCCGGCAGCCGCAAACCCCAGCCACAAUCCGAGGCGGAAGCGGAAGCCCAGGCCGAAAACAGCGCUCCCCUCCGCCCUAAAUCCUAACUGGGCGCAGCUCCAGUCGAAGCUCCCCCACCGCCCCGCGGCAACCCACCUGGGCAAGCGCAAGCACGACGAUGACCCUCCGGCGCCCGCGGAGCCGUCUCCACCACCCGCAGUGCAGGAUAUCAAACUCGACCCAACCUCUGACGACACCAGCUUGACUAAGGCGGUGGCGAUUGACUGCGAGAUGGUCGGGGUAGGAUCUGAUGGCAGCAAAAGCGCUCUCGGUAGGGUUACCUUGGUUAAUUCCUUUGGCAAUGUUGUAUAUGAUGAAUAUGUUCGUACUGUGGAGCGAAUUGUGGACUACCGUACCCGGAUUAGUGGGAUUAGACCUAAGCACAUGAACAAAGCCAAAGAAUUCUGGGCCGUGCAGAAGGAAGUAGCUGAGCUGAUUAAAGGAAGAGUUCUUGUUGGUCAUGCACUGCACAAUGAUCUCAAGGUCUUGCUACUAAGCCAACCAAAGAAGGACAUCAGGGAUACAUCUGAAUAUGAGGUUUUCCGAAGGGAGAGAAAGAGGCGAUCCUUGAAGGAUCUUGCUGCUGAAGUACUUGGUGCUAAAAUACAACAGAAUGAACACUGCCCCAUUGAGGACGCACGAGCUGCAAUGUUCAUUUACAACAAGCACAAGAAAGCAUGGGAGAAGAACAUGAAGGAACAAUUCAGAUUCAAAAAGAAGCUCAAGAAGCGAGGCAAGAAGAAAACUACCGAGUCCAAUGGGAAUGACCCCAAUGUCCCCACUGUUCUUCUAUAGAGACUAACGAAAGAGGACUGGGAGCCAGUGCAGACGAUUUACCUAUAUAUAUGGCAACAUCAUGAAUAUAGGAAAUCAUAUAUUGGAUGGGAUAUAUCUGCCGAGUCAGUAUGCUAAGCCAAGACCACAGCUGAAUCAUGAGUUUCCAUAGAGGAAAAAAAAGGAGAGAUAUUUCGAUGGCAAUGUCGUGAUCUGUUCAUUCGACCAUCAGUAUCUAUUUAGCAGUUGUCCUAGUUGGGAAACAGUAUCUGUAAUGAAAAUUUUGUAGUUCCACAUUAAUGUAAUGUAGUGUGAAAAUUUUGAACGGAGAUGGUAAUUGCAUCCUACAUUCAGGUUCUUCAACA